AUGGUAGAAGACGAAUUCUACGCUGUCGCGCAAGCAUUCACUCAACAUCUACAUCAUGCGGAGUACCUGCGACGGAGAAAGCAAGUGAAAGCCGAAACUGCAGCCGGAAUAAGAGAAAUUGAGAGACCUACAGACAGCCGUACUUCAAUUUUAAACGAAGUUGAGCAACGAAGAAAGGCCGAAACGCUGAGGGGGCGACAUAAAGCUGGACUCGCGCAGAUCGGACACGGAGGAGACGACGAGAAAGAUGAAGCUGAGGAUGAUGAGAGAUGGGUUGGAACACAUCUUCAUGAUCUGAUGACGAGUCCACGAAAAAUACGAUCCUUAGCAGGAGUUCACGCACCCAAGUCCUCUACUAGAGCUGCUGCGGGCUUCGGGCAGACGCCUACUUUAGGUACUGGACGAGCCCGGGUGGACAGUAUAGGGAGUGUGACUGCAUCAUCAAGAGUAUCAAAAGUUCCAUGCAUUGAACAGGAUGAAGAGACGGCCUCGGGCUCAGAUGACGACCUUGACUUGGAAACCAAGCCAGUCGUGCUGCCACCGCCCAAAAGAAAAAAUGCCGCUCUACGAACAAGGCUGGCUCACGGUCAGGCAAUGCCACGAGCCCAGCAGCAAUCUAAAAUACAAAGCACUUCUACAUCAAAACCGGGACAUGGGCGACCCAGUCCAGCGAACGCGUAUAAAUCACGAGUUCAAUCGCUUUUUGAUGACCUCGAUGAACUACCAGAGUCAUCUCGGCCAAAAAACCCUAUUUCUAACAGGUCCAAGGAACCUCCUUCGAGUCUCUCACCACCAAAAGGCGGAGGGAGUGAUUUAGAUGCAAAAAAUUCCCGGCGCAGUGAAGUGCCGACUUUCUUGUUGUGA